UUAUUAGAACCUAAAGUAGAUUCAUUUUCCACAAUUCGGCAAUUCUGUUUCUUGUGAUUAUGUUGUACGCGGUAAAGGGUUGGGGUUGGGGGCAAAAAUUGACAUAAAGAGUUUGAGCCGAAAAUAGCAUGAAAGACACAAAGACAGCCCUCUGUUGAGGUGAGUGAAGUUUAUUUGAACUCAAAUAGAUUUAUCUUAGUGUAUUUAGGCCCAAAGUGAAUUUCCCUUACAAAUUUCUAUUGAGCGUUCGUUGCGUUACAUUUUUCGGUCGAGGACUGGUACUUUGAAUGACACAAUAGAGAUUGGUACAUGAAGUAAUUAAUAACAAAAGUCGCUGGCGUAGAAAUCCAGAUUGCAUCAGGCUACACUUAAAAGAGGACAAACUGUAAACGAAAUCUUUUAUAAAUAGUGAAAAUAGUGAUGGGAAAGAACCGAAAGAAAGUGAACCCCAGUGCUUCAAGAGCUGAACUGAUGAUGAUGACAGUAUCAGACAUAGUGAGUCAACUGAUUACGGCACACGAGAAAGGAAGUGAUCUCAAUCUCAACAAAAUAAAAGGACAAGCAGCCAGUAAGUAUGGACUGACAUCACAACCAAGACUGGUUGAUAUCAUAGCUGCUGUACCUCCUGCUUAUAAGAAGGUAUUACUGCCAAAGUUAAAAGCCAAGCCAGUGAGAACAGCUUCUGGAAUUGCUGUUGUUGCUGUUAUGUGUAAACCUCACAGAUGUCCACAUAUUAACAUGACUGGCAAUAUUUGUGUGUAUUGCCCAGGAGGCCCAGACUCUGAUUUUGAGUACUCUACACAGUCCUACACUGGAUAUGAACCCACAUCAAUGAGAGCAAUCCGAGCAAGGUACAAUCCUUAUUUGCAAACAAGACAUAGAAUUGAUCAGCUUAAACAACUGGGUCACAAUGUGGAUAAGGUUGAGUUCAUUGUAAUGGGAGGCACAUUUAUGUGUCUGGAUGAAAGCUACAGGGAUUUCUUCAUCAGGAAUCUUCAUGAUGCACUCUCAGGUCACACAAGUAACAAUGUGACUGAAGCUGUCAAAUAUUCAGAGAGAAGCAAGACAAAGUGCAUAGGAAUCACUAUUGAAACUCGACCGGACUACUGCUUGAAAAAACAUUUAAGUUCCAUGCUGAUGUAUGGCUGCACUCGUCUGGAGAUUGGUGUACAAAGUGUGUAUGAGGAUGUAGCAAGAGAUACUAACAGAGGCCACACUGUCAGAGCAGUGAGUGAGUCAUUCCACAUGUCUAAAGAUGCAGGCUUUAAGGUUGUAUCACACAUGAUGCCAGAUUUGCCAAAUGUGGGAUUAGAAAGAGACAUUGAACAGUUCAUUGAAUUCUUUGAAAAUCCUGCAUUUCGUGCAGACGGGUUGAAAAUUUACCCAACUUUAGUGAUCCGUGGUACAGGUUUGUAUGAGCUGUGGAAGACUGGGCGCUACAAGAGCUAUCCUCCCAAUACACUGGUGGACUUGAUCGCCAGGAUUCUCGCAUUAGUGCCACCCUGGACACGAGUUUACAGAGUUCAAAGGGAUAUCCCCAUGCCCUUGGUUAGUUCUGGCGUGGAACACGGUAACUUAAGAGAACUUGCUCUAGCACGUAUGAAAGACCUAGGAACACAGUGCCGUGAUGUUCGCACACGCGAGGUUGGAAUACAGGAGAUUCAUCAUAAAGUUCGACCUUUUGAGAUUGAGCUCAUUCGUCGUGAUUAUGUCGCAAAUGGUGGAUGGGAGACGUUUCUGUCUUAUGAAGAUCCCGAGCAAGAUAUCCUCGUGGGUUUAUUAAGAUUAAGGAAGUGUUCAGAGGCUUCCUUCAGACCUGAGCUUAAAGGAGGCUGUUCAGUUGUCAGAGAACUUCAUGUUUACGGCAGUGUGGUUCCUGUCAGUGCUCGCGAUCCAUUUAAAUUCCAGCAUCAAGGUUUUGGAAUGCUGUUAAUGGAGGAAGCAGAGAGAAUCGCGCGGGAUGAACAUGGAUCCAUAAAAAUCGCCGUUAUUUCAGGUGUUGGAACCAGGAAUUAUUAUCGUAAAAUUGGUUAUGAACUGGAAGGCCCUUAUAUGGUGAAGAGUUUAAUUCUGUGAUCCAAACAUCCUUCAACGUGUAAUGCCUGUAACUCGGACUUGUGUUGUGAAUACCGCAGACCAGUUCAGUUGCGGCAUAAGCUUUUGAUGAGCACCUGCUUAAAGGCCUGGUUACAUCACCUGCUGAUCAUAACGAUGUGUAAUCUGACAAAGCGUUCAUGAGGAAUAGUUCCAGCUGCCGCUGACAUUCUGAACAAUCUCGAGUUCAAUCAAUCCUUGUUUGCUAACAAGAACUUGAUUGGUCACCACCCUUGACCAAUGGGGCGUCUACAAGAAACUCGGCAGUUCUUACAAAGGAAGAAAAGUAUUGUGACUUUACUCACAGGAUAGGAUGAGAAACUGUACAAUGAAACAAUGGUAGACAUAUAGUGUCAGAUAGUCUGUGUGAAACGUUCUCAAGAACAGUAUCCAGAUAAACGAGUCUGCUUUCGGAAUUAUUACAUGGAUUGUAUUCGCGUCCCUGCGUGCAGAACAAACUCUACAGACUAAUUAAGAGCUUUCUUUUCUCUUGGCGGGAGGCUGAUAGGUUUCUCAGUUAGUCACCGGCGCAGAAACGGUUUGUAGACAAAAUUAGUUGCGGUAUUUCUGAUUCUCGCCAAAAGUGUAGGGAAACUUGUGGAUAUUUUUCUGUUAAAUAGAGUUAUUUACAAUGGUGCACAACAAGGUUUGUCUUGGUUCGCUAUGGA